AGAAGAUGGAAAAGAGACAGCAAGAAAUCUCUUCAAGUCAAGAUGAUGAUUUUGGAACUGUUGAGAAUAUUAUGGAAGGAAAAGGAGAGAAUCUUUACAAUUACGACAAUCGAGGAAGUAGGACAGACACCCCAGAAGAAGAUCAAGAAUCUUCAAGCUAUGCAGACUCUAGUCAGGAGGCCGUGGACACAUCAAGCGAAGAAGAAAAAUUUGGCUUAUCUCUGAAGAAUCAUUCUAGAUACACCAAUGACGAACAUAGGUUUGAACAGUUCGGAAGGAUACAAACCUUAUCUGAUAGUUCAAAUUCAGAAGGUGAUGAAGAGCCAAGAGAAAGGUCGGAUUCAGAAAAGUUUAGUGAGGAGGAUCAAGAAGGGCAUGAUGAGCCUCCCAAACAAGACAUUAAAAUUGAUAGAUGGAAUAUUUUGCUAAAUAAACUCUCUGCUGAAGAAAUUGAGAAGAUUGAGAGUGAGAACGAUAGAAUAUGGAAAGACGCAAAUCAAGAAUUUAAAAAUCAGCAACAAAUAGAGCAACAGAAAAUAGAAGAUGAGAAUAUUCAGAUCGGUGAUCGAAUCUAUAUCAAAUGAUAUGAUAGAUACAAAAAGAAAAUUCAAUACUUAGAAGUUUUAAAUAGCAAAGGAGAGUGAGAAUGGAUUAAUGAGAGGGAAAAAGCAGAUUACUUUGAUAUUAUUCCUGUAAUAAAUGGAGCACAAAAUUCAAUCACUAAGAGUUAUCUAAACAGGAAUACCAACCCAAAUCCUGAUGCUGAAGUUGAUAACCGAGUUAGACAAGGAUGGUAUGAAUCUGAAGUGCAAACUGUUGAGAGCAACUUGACUUAUUUGGAAAAGGCUCAAAAAUAUCCUCUUAAUCUGAACCAACCCUUUAGUUUUAAAAAUGUGAGAUGCAAGAUCUAUCAGUAUUCGUUCACCUUGGAUGACUCAAAUGAGAAUGUCAAUGUUAAAACAUGGUUUCUACAGGGAAUUAAUGAUAAUACUCAAGAAGUCUCUAUUAAACCAAGAAAUUCUUAUUAUUUGUGCACCAUUGUUCACAAUAGCUUCUAUUAUUUGAAAGCAAACUCAGAUCUACUAGUCAAAGAAAAAGAACAAGCAGUGCAAAUAGAAUUAAAUGUUAAAAUUAAGAACCUUCGAGAUACAUUUGACAAAGUCCAGCAAAGGGUAAAUAACAACAAACCGUUGAUUUUAUUCAACAACAAGUCUGAAUUUUUGAAUUUCAAUGGGCUUUACUCCAGUAAAGAUGAUAUGACCAAAAACACAAAGAGGGAAGUAAUUGCAUCAGAAUAUACCUCUUUUAUGGAUAUACCUUUUCAAAAUUACUUUGAGGUCCAAUAUCUUUAUAUCCAAAGAAAAAUAUUCUUUAAAACACGUCUCGAAUAUUACGACCCUUUCAAUGGAACAAAGGACUCCAAAUAUUUAGGCGUGGAGAAUGAUAUCUUAACACUGGUUGAUCAUUGAUAUCUCUUUGAACUAACAGAUCUUAAGCAAGGGCAGAUCUUAUUAGGCAACCAACAAUUUAAAAUCAACAUUUGAAAUUCAGACAUGCUUUUAAGAAGCGUCAAUUCUCAUGAGGAAGGAAUGAGCAAAAUAAUAGUAUCCAAGUUUGAUCCCGAUAAGACUGAUGAGUUUUAUUUUCACUUGAGACACGUCAAUUACUUAUAUCUAACAUCAAGAGAUAUUUGCUCUAUUGACGAGAAGAUAAGCAAGACUAAAAAAAAUCUCUUAGAACAAUACGACAGAAAUAAUUCUGAAAAUACAGUAGACCACUUAGAGGAAAUAUAUAUUACAGCUAAGAAAUUAAUAGAUGAGUUCCUCUGGAAAGUCACUUUUAAGGAACUCAAUAGAGAUAGACCAUCCUCUUGGAAAAGGAUGUGCAUAUAUGGAUACUUUAAUUUAAAUCUAUUGAGCAUUCUGAACAAAACAUAUCGCUUUGAAGUAUUGAUGAAUCAAGUAAAGCAGCUAAGAAAGGAUCUCAUUAGAGAAGGAGCCGAUCUGUAUUACUUCCAUAUGCCCCCAAAGUCUUAUUAUGCUGUUUGAUGAGAAUAUAUUCUAGCACUUGGAUUUUGGGGAAGAAAGACAGGCUUUUCUGUUGUUUUAAAGAAGGCUAAAGAAGUAAUCACUUUGUCCCAAGAAUGAGCAGAGAAUAAUAAUGAUUCCAGGCUGAUAAUGCUAAUUCAGAGAAUAAUUGGAAAAAAUUAUAAGUUAAACAACCAAAAUAUUGCAGCUUCUGAUCCAAAAAUUUAUGAGCUAAGAUGCUUCCUUCCUUUUAUUAAAUAUGAGCUGGACAAAGGGAUUAAUAAAAGCAAUUUAAGCAUCCUGCUUGCAAUUGUAUCAAAUAAGUACAGAGAUCAGCAUUGAGUCUGGAGCAAUGAAGGGUUUAAUUAUGCUGUAAUAAAGUUUAUUUGCACUCAGUUGGAAGACAAUGUAAAUCAAAUUCAUUUCAGCACCAAAUCAACUUCAGAAGGGACAGCAGGACCUGAAAUUAUUUCUAUGCAUGAUAUGAUACAAGAUUCUUGUAAUUAUGCUAAGAGAAAGUUGGAAGAUCAGACCUUUAAUGAGGAUAUGUUUUUUUAAUAGUAGAAAAAGUGCUUUUAUCAUGAACCAUACUCAAAAUAAGUUCUUUAGAAAUCUAAUGCUGCUUAUUCUGUAUAGUUAUGGCAUAAGAUUCGGCUUACAGGAUGGGAAAGAGCUUAGUAAGAAAUGGAACCCCUUUAUCAUUGAGAAUUUAUACAAUUCUGAAGUUACUUCUCAUAUUAAAGGUUUGUUGUUGAAACUGUAUUGAAAUAUGAAUAUUGUAUCAAAUGAAUCACAAAACUCUUUAUUUAAUAAUGUAAAUGAUAGCAUUAAAAUUUUGAGAUCAAGUAUUGAAGUGCUAGAGUUUCUGCAAGAUUCUUGCAUUAUUGAAGAUCUAUUUUACAUAUGAGAAAUAUUAGAAUUCAUAAUUUGAAUGCUUCAUAAUUCUCACUACACAAAUGAUGCACUUUCUGAGCUCAAUAAGAUGGAUAAUUUAAACCUUUUGAUUCAAGUAUUAAGACGUUUAUCUUCUGUUUUUAUCCUAGCUAAGCCGUAUGCUUUUGAUUCGAUUCUUAAUACUAAGUUAGAUGAUCAUGAGUUAAUGCUUGCAAAUGAGGCCGCUGUUAAUAACUGUUGACAUGAGGUUGAUGUUGUAUUAGAAUCCUAUCAAAAAGAAGUAGUUACAAAAAUAUUUAAGCUCUUCAAUAUUAUCAUAAACAUUAAGAAUUCUCAUAAGCAGAAAGAAGAGUUUGAAGGACACUUUCUCUAUCUCCCAGACAUUAUUUCCAACUCUUUCUUAUCUGACAGCAUAGAAUUUUCAGAUACUUUGCAAAUGAUAAUCAUUAGAUGGAUGAAUUUUGAUCUUGAAUCUCAAAUUUCAUCAGAAAUUUUCGAUACUCUGCUUCAUCUUGACUGACAGUCAGAAGAACUCUCCAACAAAUUACAAGAAGAGAACAACCUUAAUGGGGAAAUUUCAGAUUUAUGCCUAAAAACUCUUCCAUUUUUCACUCAUCUCGAUGAAAAGGAUGCAGAGAUUGUAUUGAGACUGAACAAAAGAAUAGUGGAAAUAACAGAAGAUCAGAUCAGAGCUUUUGAUUCUAAUUUAGAGCAAUCUUACUCUUAUGAGGAUCAAGCCCACAUUACUCGUAGUUUGAUUUCAUUACUUGCUACCAUAAAUGGGCUGCUUGACUUUAAAGACAAUAUCAAAGAAGACUGCAUCCAAAUAGUCAACCAGUUUGUAUGCAACUGCUAUGAAUACUUAAUCGAGACAGCAAGGAAUAAACAUCUCGCUCAGCUAAUAUGGGCCUUUGACGGCAAUUUCUUGGCAAUUAAUUGGCAAAACCAGUUAUGAAAUAGCAAACACCAACGACUUAUAGAAGAAGUUUUGGAUAAUAGUAAUGUUGAGAAAUUAAAUUUGGACUCUUGAGAUUUACUGAAGAAGAUAGCAUCAAAUCUAGGCCAGUUAAUUGAAGACAGACAAGAGUUGAUCAAUGGAGAUGUAGAUCCAGGAUUAAGAAAAAUGUAUGGAUUUGAGAGAAAUAGAACAAAGAAUGAUCAGAACAUAUUUCAAUAUUUUAUUAAACGGAUAGUCCAAAAUGCUCAAGAAGACAGUAACCCAAAUGAACAAAGACUUGGAAUAAAAAAUGAAGAUAAUUGGAAUCCUGAGUUAGAAGUAUUGGAUGAUAAUACUAAAUCAUGAUUCAUAAAGUGCAUUAUUGAACUCUUCCUUAGAAAAUUGAAGACUGAUACAGACGAGUGUGUUGAGAUAACAAGAAAGUUCCAACUGCUUAUAAACAAGCUGUUCCAUAAUAUUGAUACUUUAGAGCCAGCUUUUGAUACACAAAAAUAUAUUCUUCACAGCUUAAAAAUGCUGCAUGAAAUACUUGAUACUGACAAAAUAAUGGAAAACUCUGAAAUCUCAGAGAUGUUUUUCACAAAAUAAUGCCUUCAGUGUUAUAUUCUCAUUAAUUUUAAAGAGCUAUAACUAUCUUGAGUGUGCAAGAAAGAUGCGUCAGUCUGCUCUUUCAAUAUUGAUCAAAUUAGCUAAAAAAAACAUUCAGUCUUCAAGGAAAAGUUUCAGGAUUUGGACUUAUUCUAAUGACAACAUAAACAUAUUUUUUAAAAGAAUCAUCAGACUAGCGUCUCAAUUUAGUAUUUACUUUAUUGAUGAGCAUAUAAGUGAUUCUCUCAGCAUAGACCAGGAGGAAACUGACUAUCAAGAGUUUAUUUUAUCUCUAAAAUGGUUGAUGAAACUGUGCCAAAACAAUCAUCACUGGCAGAACUACCUCAACAAGCAAGAUAAUAUCGUUAAAAAUCAUAAUAUCCUUGUUUCGAUAGUAGAAGUUCUUCGAACAGGAUGAUUAAGGCUUCAUCAUGGCUAUGUAGUUGAUCUUUUAAGAGAAGUCGUAAAACUUAUGACAGAAACCCUAAAUGGAAGAAAUGAAGUUUUAGCAAGCCUAUAUGUGAACACUGCUGUGGUUCAAUACUGCAUUAAAAUUUUAGAGGCUGAAUUCACGAGAGUUGAUUUACAAUUUGUUAGGAAAAUCAAUAAAAGUUCUCACUUCAAAAUAAUGAAGAACAUGAGUGAAGAAGACAGACAUGAUUUUGAGAUGGAAAUACUAGAAGAUAAGGACUUUAUUCAUGACCAGAGAAAGUGGUUUAACCAGCUCAAGUGAGAAGUAUUAUUAAUGAUUAAUUGCCUGUCAUUUUCUCAUACAGAGCAUCAAAUCAAAACCAAAGAAAAUUAUGAGAGCAUUAAUAGUUUCAUGAUAUUGAACUAUGUCCAGUUCUGAAUCUACAAAGACCAAAGAUAUACUUCAGAAUUGUUUGACUCAAAGUCGAAUCUUUCCAAGAUAUAUAACAUAAAUCUUGGGUUUCAAUGUUAUUCAUUAAUUUCUGAAUUGUGGGACAACAAUGGACAAGAUCCCAGCAAUUGCGUUCAGCUGGCUGAUCAACAAGGCUUCCUCGCGAAGUAUUUAAAGUUAUUUAGAGACUUAUGUUUUAAAAUUAAUCCUUUCAGGAACAGAUAUACUCCUAUUACAGAAGCUGAUUAUAAGCCAUUUGAGAAGCAGAAGAACUUAGCAAUACAAGCUACUAAUUUCUAUGAUAGUUACAGCUCUAGUAUUGAAAUAGUCAUGGCUGAUGGACAAAUUGUUACAAGAUAUUUUGAGAUCGUUUCUCCUUUCCUAUUAUUUACACAAGACGAGAAAGAUAAGUUCUGGCUAGAUGCUAAUCUUGACGAUAGCAAAACUACAGUUAAUUCGUUUGUCAAGUAUACUGCGGAUAAAAUAGAAGAGUUAUAG